AUGGCCGGACAUGGAGGGCAGCUGCGGAUUAUUUUGAAAACGAACUAUGCUGAUACGGUGGUAGAUAUUGGGAAAAUAGCUUUAGGGGAGGGGUCCAGGAAGAAGACCUCUGACAAUAAGAAAAGGGAACAAAAGAAGCUUUCUAUAGCAGUGUGUGCAUUGCUGAAUUCGGGAGGAGGAGUGGUGAGGAUGGAGAGCGAAGACAGUGAUUACUGCUUUGGGAAGCACAGCCUUGGUCUGGACAUAGAGCAGGUCCUCAGGGCGUGCAUCGGCUGCACCGAGACCAGCAAAUACUUCACGUGGAUGCAGCAGCAGAGUCACCUGCUGCUUUUUGUUAAGACGUGGAGCUGUGGAGGUCCAGAGGAGAAAAGCCCAGCCACAAAGCCGCGUAUCUGUAGCUUGAGCACUGGGUUGUCCUGUAGGUCUAUCACUUCGGUUGUCACCAUGACUUCGAGCGAGGCUGCUGAAUUUCUGAGGGAAAAGGAAAGCUGUGCCAAGCGCCAUGAUGAGAACAGGCCAAGGGCUAAGAAAGCUCUGCUAAAUUUUGAUGGGGGAUCAAAGGAGACCCCCCUGAGCAUUGAGGAGCGCAACAUCCAAGAUGCCGCUGCCAGGUUUUUAGAGAGAGACAGACUGAUGGUUGGGGAGGUCCUGGAUUUCACAGAAACAACACAUAUUGAAUUUAAGAACUUCUCUACAAAGAAUAUCUUGGAAUACAUUGGAAGAACCCUUCCAAAAUACGUCUCUGCCUUUGCAAAUACUCAGGGUGGUUAUUUAUUUUUUGGAGUGGAUGACGAGAGCCAUAAAGUUGUUGGAAGCCAUAGUGAAGUGGAGAAAGAAGCUUUAGAAAAAACAGUAGCUAAAACCAUGGGCUCGAUGCUGGUCCAUCACUUCUGCGGCUCUCAGGCUGGCGUGCAGUUUAAGACUUACGUCCUGAGCGUCUGUGAUGAAGCAGAAGGUCUGCAGGGCUACGUAUGCGCUGUGCGAGUUGAACCUUUCUGCUGUGCUGUUUUCCAUGACAACCCCGAUUCCUGGAUGGUGACAAAUGACACGAUCGAAAGACUGAGCGUCAAGAAAUGGGUGGAGUUCAUGACAGACGCAGACCCAGAUAUUUCAGAUCUGGCUGAUAAAUUUGAGAACGAGCUCAGUUUGUCAAACAGUCCUCCUCUUACCAGGCCAGUUUAUUCAAAAGCUGGUCUCCACUGUGUGUCUGAACUCCAAAAAUGCCUCUACCCAGUGGGUUCUAAUGAAAUCAAAUGGAAGCCAGAAACCAUCUGCACUGACGUGUUCUCAGAGUAUCCUGGAUUAGAGGAUUUAAUGAAAAAACAAAUCCAUCCACUUAACAAGGGGGUACUGAUAUUUUCAAGGAGUUGGGCUGUUGACAUUGGAUUGCCAAAAAAACAGGAUGUUGUGUGUGAUGUUCUCUUAGUAGCUGAAAACGCAUAUCCGGUAUUGUAUACUGUAGUCAAGGACGCCUCUUCUGCUGAGUAUGAAAACUCGAGAGAAACGGCUUACACAUUAAAGCAGAAACUAGUCAAUGUUGGGGGAUAUGCCUCAAAAGUGUGUGUGAUUCCACAAAUACUGCACCUGAAUGGCACAAAGAACCAGAUGGAAGUUGCAGGGUGUGGCGUUCCCCAGCAAGAAAACCAAGAAAACCCGUGUGGUUAUGCCAGCUUGUACCCAGAAAAUUACAUCCUCACCUCCAGGGACAUCCCCGCCUUCCUGCGUGCGCUUGUGAUUGUUGUGCUGGGCUUUAAGUCCUACUUAAGUGACCAUCUUGGCUGUGAGAUUUUCAACCUUCUUACUCUCAAACAGUAUGAGCUGCUCUCCAAGAACCUGCACAAAGUCAAGGAGCAGUUUGUCCUUGGUCUUCCUGGAACAGGGAAAACAAUCGUGGCUUUGAAGAUCAUCGAGAGAAUAAGAAACAUUUUUCAAUGUUCUGCAGAAGAGAUACUCUACAUUUGUGAAAAUCAACCCUUGAAGGAGUUUGUGGGAAAUGAGAUCUGCUGGUCUGUGACACGUGUGGCCUUCUUAAAGGGGAAAUUCCCACAAGUGAAACACAUUGUGGUUGAUGAAGCUCAGAAUUUUCGUCCUGAAGAAGGAAACUGGUACGCACAGGCCUGGGAGUUAGUCAAGAAAAAAGGUGGCAUUUUCUGGGUCUUCCUGGAUUUCUUCCAGUCUACUCACCCGUUCGGUUGUGGUCUUAACUUUUCAGAACUAUAUCCUCAGGAAUGGUUGACUGAAGUGGUCCGUAAUGCCAGGGAAAUAUGCAACGUCAUGUUUGAUCUCAUGGAGGAAAUCCUCCAAGAACGUAACACAGAUAUGCCCUAUAAGAUGCUGGAAGACUUGUUUAAAGAGGCUAAAUGUGCCCAUUCUUUGCAAGGUGACUACAUAAAAAAAAUAAAUAUGGGAACAUCUGAAAUGGUAAAGUAUGUGACCACGCAGUGCAGCAGGUACAUCCGGCAAGGCUACCCCAUCAAAGAUAUUGCAAUCCUGUGCAGUACACAGCAUGCAGCCCAGGGCUUCCACCAAAUAUUGGAAUCAGAGCUAAGGAGACAAAUAAGCAAGUGUAGGGUGAGGUUAGCCUUGGGGUCAGCAGAGGAUGUGUCAGAAAAUGUCAUUGUUCUUGACAGCAUCCGACGCUUCUCAGGCCUAGAAAGGAGGAUUGUGUUUGGCAUUCACCCUGUCCCUGCACAAGAGGAGAUUUCUCUCAAUCUUUUGCUCUGCGUGGCAUCCAGAGCCAACACCAAGCUCCAUUUGCUGUAUCACAAAGACAAAAUGUUCUUAAGAGACACAUAUUUAAAUGACAGUUUACUCUUACCGAGGGCUAGGGACAGCAGAAUGCUUUGCUCAUAUUUUGUUCAGUGA